AUGGCAUUAGCGAAGCGAACGGGAAGGCCGUGCAAGAAGAAGUUGAGGAUAAAAUUGAUGACCUUACUGUGGAUGAGCCACAAGGAAGCUGGGAUUGAUGUGCGCCUCGGUGACGUUGGGUCUGCAAUUCAAGAGGUCAUGGAGUCAUAUGAGGUUGAAAUCAAUGGAAAGGUGUUCCAAGUUAAAAGUAUCCGAAAUUUAAAUGGCCAUAGCAUUGGAUGUUAUCAAAUCCAUGCGGCGAAAUCUGUUCCUAUUGUGAGAGGGGGAGAGCAAACAAAAAUGGAAGAGGGUGAAUUUUAUGCAAUCGAAACUUUUGGAUCCACAGGGAAGGGAUAUGCCAGAGAAGAUCUUGAAUGCAGCCAUUAUAUGAAGAAUUUUGAUGCUGGUCACAUUCCACUGCGGUUACCUAGAGCAAAACAACUACUGGCAACAAUUAAUAAGAAUUUCUCUACAUUGGCUUUCUGCAGACGUUAUCUUGACCGCUUAGGAGAAACUAAAUAUCUGAUGGCACUAAAGAACUUGUGUGAUGCUGGUAUCGUCCAGCCUAUUCCUCCUCUCUGUGACAUUAAGGGAAGCUAUGUAUCUCAGUUUGAGCAUACAAUUCUACUUCGUCCGACUUGCAAAGAAGUGGUAUCCCGAGGUGAUGAUUAUUAA